CAUGAACAUAUUUUGCUUCCACCUUAUUUUUGAAAAUCAUGGAAAACCAGAGCAUUGUCAAUGAGUUCAUACUCUUGGGGCUUUCUCAGAAUCCCAAAAUUGAGAAUAUACUCUUUGUGGUAUUUCUGUUGGUAUACCUAGCAACAAUCGGAGGCAACAUGAUGAUUAUAGCAACCAUCAUCUACAGCCCUGCAUUGCUGGGUUCUCCCAUGUACUUCUUCUUGAUAUUCCUGUCCUUAUUGGAUACUUGCACUUCUACUGUUGUCACACCCAAGCUUAUUUUAGAUUUCUUCUAUGAGAGGAAGACCAUCUCCUUUGAAGGCUGCAUGACACAACUGUUUGCUUUUCACUUCUUCACUGGUGCAGAGGUCAUUGUCUUGGCAGCCAUGGCCUAUGACCGGUAUGUGGCCAUUUGCAAACCCCUUCACUACUCCUCCAUCAUGACCUGGAGAGUCUGUGGUGUUUUGUUGGGGGUAGCCUGGACAGGGGGAUUCUUACAUUCUAUUAUACAAAUUAUCUUUACUUUGCAGCUACCGUUCUGUGGACCCAAUGUUAUUGAUAACUAUAUUUGUGACUUAUUCCCAUUACUCAAGCUUGCUUGCACUGAUACACACAUUUUUGUCUUUUUGGUCUUUGCAAAUAGUGGCUCUAUCUGCAUCAUUAUUUUCUCCUUACUGCUUGUCUCCUAUGGUGUCAUCUUGUUCUCUCUGAGAGGCCAUAGUUCCGAAGGACGACUUAAAGCUCUUUCCACCUGUGGAUCCCAUAUUACAGUUGUUGUUUUGUUCUUUGUCCCAUGUAUAUUAAUAUAUGCACGAACUACAUCACCAUUCCCAUAUGAGAAAUAUGUGGCUAUAUUUGUCAAUGUCAUAACACCACUGCUCAAUCCUAUGGUUUACACUUUCAGGAAUAAGGAAAUGAAGAAUGCCAUCCAAAAAAUGUGCAGAAGAUCUAAAGUGGUUUCUGAUAACUAUUAAAAUAUUAUACUUAUAGUGCUGAAGAGAUUGGUCAAUGGGUCAGAGCAGUUGC